UCAUUCAGAAACUAAUAUAAAUAAUGAAUUAUAAAUUAAUUAUUAAAUUUAACGAUUGGUAUCAAAGCAUCAUAUUUAGUUUAUGUUUGGAUCUACGAUUGUGUUAAAGAGAAUUUGCAUUUAUUUGAUGUUUAAUGAAACCAUUUUUGGAUUUAUUUUGUGUGAAGAUUAGAUUGUGGAAUCUGAUUUCCUAGUUUAUAAUGGAAAAAAAAUUAUACAAUUGUGGCAUUUUUCAUUUGUAUUACAUAUGAUCCUUGCAUGUUUAAAUCUAAGUUUUUGAUUUUUAUCUUGAAAAAUAUGUUUAGAUCUAAUGGUAAAUAUGAAUAUUUACAUGUUUAGAUCUAUAUAUUUGGUUUCUAUAUAGAAAAGAAAUUCAGAUCCAAAUAAAGUUUAUGGAUUUUUGAAAUAUCGUGUUUAAGAUUUUGGUUUUCUGAUUUUUUUGUUGAAAAUUUUCAAUUUUUUUUUGUAGAAUCAUUUUUCAUAUCUGUUUUCAGUUUUGAUGGGUAUAAAUCUUUUGCUUAAGAAUUUCAUGAAAAUCCUAGGUUGAAAACUGCUUUGGGUGGUCCUGUUUUGUUCUUUGACUCAAAUCAUUUAAAUUUAUUAUGGGUCUAUUAAGUUAUUUUGGUCCAUAUUCUCAAAAAAAAAAUUUUGACCAAUUUAAGACAAAGCCUUAAGUCAAUUUCAAUCCAUUUCUUAAUCAGAUUAAAAGUACCAGCUGGAAUUCGAACCCACAUUGUGUGGUAUAAGAGUUGUAUGAGAUUUCCAUGGAGAUAGAGCAGAGAAAGAUCAUGAAUAGGGAAGAAGUUGAUAAAGAAGAGAACGAUAAUCAACUGUCACUACAAGAAGAAGAACAAGAGACAGAGGAAGAAAUGUCUGGGAGGACGAUCGAACCGUGGACGAAGCAGAUAACGGUGAGAGGAGUUUUAGUGAGCAUAGUGAUCGGAGUUGUGUUCAGUGUGAUAGCUCAGAAGCUAAAUCUUACGACAGGGAUUGUUCCCAACCUCAACAGCUCUGCAGCUUUACUGGCUUUUGUCUUCGUCCAGACAUGGACUAAGAUUCUCAAGAAAUCAGGAUUUGUCUCGAAACCAUUCACAAGACAAGAGAACACAAUGAUUCAGACAUCUGCUGUUGCUUGUUACGGCAUCGCGGUCGGAGGUGGGUUUGCUUCAUAUCUUCUGGGGUUAAACCAUAAGACAUAUGUGUUAUCUGGUCCAAACAUGGAAGGUAACUCUGAGAAGAGUGUGAAAGAACCAGGCCUUGGUUGGAUGACUGCUUAUCUCUUUGCAGUGUGUUUCAUCGGUCUUUUUGUCUUAAUCCCUCUCCGUAAGGUUAUGAUUAUUGACCUUAAGCUAACAUAUCCUAGUGGUCUAGCUACUGCUGUACUCAUCAAUGGCUUCCACACACAAGGAGAUGCACAAGCCAAGAAACAAGUGCGUGGCUUCAUGAAAUACUUCUCAUUUAGUUUCUUGUGGGGAUUUUUCCAGUGGUUUUUCUCCGGCAUAGAAGAUUGUGGGUUUGCUCAGUUCCCAACCUUUGGUUUGAAAGCUUGGAAACAAACGUUCUUCUUUGAUUUUAGCAUGACAUUUGUAGGAGCAGGAAUGAUCUGUUCACAUAUGGUUAACAUUUCUUUGCUUUUAGGAGCUAUUCUCUCUUACGGCUUAAUGUGGCCUCUUCUUGACAAACUCAAAGGCUCUUGGUUCCCUAAUAAUCUCGACGAGCACAACAUGAAGAGCAUAUACGGUUACAAAGUCUUCUUAUCCGUAGCUCUAAUCCUCGGCGAUGGUCUCUACACUUUCGUUAAGAUCAUCUAUGUCACCAUCAUCAGUAUCAACGCAAGAGUGAAGAACAAACCUAACGAUCUCGAUGCCGUGGGAGACAAGAAACAACAAAAAUUUCGCAAGGAAGAUGAGAACUUCCUCAGAGAUAAAAUCCCCAUGUGGAUAGGGAUCUCCGGAUAUCUUACCUUCGCCGCGGUCUCAACCGUCGUGGUCCCUCUGAUAUUCCCGCAGCUCAAAUGGUAUUACGUUAUCGUAGCUUACGUUUUCGCACCGUGUCUAGCUUUCUGUAACGCCUAUGGAGCUGGACUUACCGACAUUAACAUGGCUUAUAACUACGGUAAGAUCGGUCUGUUUGUUCUCGCGGCCGUGACCGGAAGAGAGAACGGAGUCGUGGCCGGACUAGCCGGAUGUGGACUGAUCAAAUCGGUUGUUUCAGUUUCUUGCAUCUUGAUGCAAGAUUUCAAGACGGCUCACUACACGAUGACGUCACCUAAGGCUAUGUUCGCUAGCCAGAUGAUAGGAACGGUCGUUGGUUGCAUCGUGACGCCGUUAAGUUUCUUCUUGUUCUACAGAGCGUUCGACGUCGGAAACCCUAACGGCGAGUUUAAGGCUCCUUACGCUUUGAUAUACAGGAACAUGGCGAUACUUGGGGUGCAAGGCUUCUCUGCUCUGCCUCUACAUUGUCUCCAAAUGUGUUACGGGUUUUUCGGGUUUGCGGUUUUGGUCAGCGUGGUGAGGGAUAUUGCUCCGGCGAAGGUGGGGAGGUUCAUGCCGCUUCCGACGGCGAUGGCGGUUCCGUUUCUGGUCGGUGCUUAUUUCGCGAUUGAUAUGUGUGUUGGGACUUUGGUUGUGUUUAUUUGGGAGAAGAGGAAUCGGAGGAAAGCUGAGGUUAUGGUUCCGGCGGUUGCUUCGGGGCUAAUAUGCGGGGAAGGGCUUUGGACUUUACCGGCGGCGAUACUUGCACUAGCUGGUGUAAAACCUCCAAUAUGUAUGAAGUUUUUAGCUUCUUAGGAUCAGUCAAAAGAGUAAGAAAAAAGACGUGAAGUUAACUGAGUUGUGAAGUUAGAAGAAGUAAAUGAUACUAUAAUCAUUCUGUUCUUUGAAUAAUAAGAAGACAUGCCAACAAAAACAUCUUGUUUUUUUUUUCCUUCUUUUUCUUGUUUUGUAGAAAUUAGAGUAAAAUCUACUUGCAUGAAAUUGUGAUCUAAUCAAAGUAAUAAUUUUCACUC